AUGGCUCCUCCGCGAGUCGACAGAGUGAUCAGCAGAUCGUCUCAGGCGAGACUUUCCGAGCUGCUCAGCAUGGUCGUUCAAGGGAUGAGAGCCAUUGACGACGAGUUUGGUGGCGCUAUGGGACCCAACGGGGAGGCUUGGGAUCAACUCCUCAACCACAUGCUCCCAGGUAAGCCGUGCUUCUUCAAGCCCAUUCCAUGUCUUUAUAUAGUUCCCUUGCUGACAGCAAGUGUAGGUUCUUCCGAGUCCGGACCUCCUCCAAGCUUCGUGCAGAUUGCUGCUCCUGUCAACGAUCCCGCCCAGUCGGCUUCCGGUUCUGCUUCUGUCCACCCGGAAACAUCGAAUGCUCCUGAAGUGAACCAGACACUUCCCGGAAACCCCACGACUAGCAGCAACCUUACGCCCACACGACCUAACGUCACCGGCGCAGCCGCCAUCCCUGCAGCGGCAUCUCCCAAGGAACUCACUGAGGAUCAGCGUCAAGCAGAAUGGAGGCUUAUUGUCCACUACAUGGAUGCGCGGUCCAAAAUAUCACAAGAUCAACUUGCCCGUGUUCACGCCGCCUUCGUUCGCUGGUUUGGCUGGGCUCCAAGCAAAGAAGAAAUGCAAAAGGCGCGAGAGGUCGGUCAUACUAUCUUCAGAUUAAUAGGGAUUGCUGGACCAUGGUGCAGCCCUUUCGCGACGGAGAUCUGGAUGAAGGCUACCCGCGACCGGAGCAUUGCACAGAUCCGGGAGCUGAAGAAGACGGACUGGACAAAGGCCGGCCGCCUUGCGUCUUAUAUUGGCGUCACGCUCAAGCAGGAAGACAAACCCAAGCCGAAGCCGAAGGAGGCGCCGAAGGUGGCGGCGAAGGUGGCGGCAAAGGAUGCUGUUAGCAGCUCGGUUCCCGCCAUGAAGUCUUUGAUUGUGAAGCUGAAGGUGAAGGCCAACGAACACGCGAACGGACUUGCUCAGCCUCUGCCUCAACCUCAACCCCAGACUGAGCCUCAGAUUGCCCCUCAAGAUCAGGUGCAGAGCAAUGUUGUUCUACCUGAGCAAAAAACGGCGGUCGUUCCCGUCCCAAGCACGGGACCGAUGCCUCUACCAGCUCCAUCUACUGAACAGCAGCUUGGCCCGGACAACAGUUUCACCGGCUACAUCCAUCAAACUCUUCCUGACGGCUUCGACGAUCACACUGAGGCUGCCAUGCCCACUACCUCUGCAGGCAACUUCGGCAUCGACCCCCGCAUGACUCUUUACCACCACCCAAUGACCGUGUACCCAGGCCCUGCCGGCUUUCCGGAUCAGUUUCCGAACCCGGUUCCCCUCUGGGAGCCCAUGUCUGCUUUCCCGGUCGGCACCCUUCCUGCUGCUUCCGGCUGGGUGAACCCAUGGAACUGGAUAGCCGAGCGCGCAGCAAGCCUCGGUCGAUCACUUUUGCCGUCUUCUCAAGAUCAGGCUGAUGGUUCCGCUCGUUCGAGUCAAGCGGCGCCCUCCGCUUCUCAUGAUCCGAGAGCAGAUGCCAUGGAAAUUGCUGAUAUUCUUGCGGCUGCUGCCAAGGACGUACAGCCGGUGGAGGAGGCUGAUGACGACGCUGAUCCCAAUGACCAGCUUCGCAAUGAGAUGCUCAUGCAUUAUUCAGCUAACGAUGAUGCCGAUCCUAGCGACCAGCUUCACAAUGAAAUGCUUAUGCACUCCUCUCCCUCACCUAAGGAUACUCAGCCGGAAAAGCAGGCUGAGAAAGAGAAGGAGCCGGAAGAGAAGCACGUCCCGACUUCACCUGAUCCUAAGCAGCAGCAGGCUGUGGUUGUGGCAAACAAAAGCUCUGCUAAAAAGAAGGCCAAACAGCUUCCCACCGUCCCUACAGCCAAGGCAGCUGAAAAGAAAAGCAAGGCUGCUAAGCCUGCCGCACCUCACUACAACUACGGCGCCGACGUAACAACCGAUCCGCGUGCUAACGCGCUCGUUGCUUACAUUGUUGCCGCUUGGAAAAUCACCAACAAGCAGGCGCUCGUGGAGGAUGCCGCAGCCAUGCAGCAGCUAGGCGCGCACGCAACCGCUGCCAUACCGUUCCUGAUACAGGACAAUGAGGCCAAAGAAAGUACCAGGGGCAUGUUUCGCUGGGGUGAUCAACUCUUGACUUGGGAGAUGACACUGAAGAAAUUGGACAAGUUUGCGGAGACGCGUGCCUUGCAGAAGCAUGAGAUCGAAAAGGCUCGUGAUAAUGCAGGGUCCAGCUCUGCCACCGCUAAGCCCGAUGAUGCUACUACCCGCAUCGAGACCUCUUCCUCUUCCUCUACCAACGCACCACCUUCUUCCGCUCAGGCAGCUACCCCACCUCCAGACACCGUCACGAUGCCUCCAAAAUCCAAGCCUCGUCGCGACCCCUACCCUGACACAUCCAUCGUCGCCAUCUCCGGCUUCACACCCGAUGCCCGCGCCAACGCUUUCGCCGCUCACCUGGCUAAAACCUUCUACAACGCUCACGGUAUCGACUUGAUGGCAGACGAAGCAGGCAGCCGCCGGCUCAUGCUGCAUGCGACCCGCAACGAGCACCGGCUGCGCGGAGCGAGGGAAGUCACGAAUUACGAGAUGAAUUUCUACGCUGAAAAGGACCUCAGCUGGAAAAUUACGGGCUUCAAGCUCGAUGCUCUCGAGCAAGAAUGGGUGAAGCGAUUUCCUCAGGAUGAGAGUGAGGGUGAGGAUGAAGAUGGGCAGGAAGGUGGGAAUGGAGGUGAGGACAGAGACACCGAGAUGGGUGGCACAGCUGAACCUGACAUCGAUAAAGACACUUCAGAGCACACUGAAGCUCAGCAGCCCAGCGCCGGACAGCCGCGCGCCGCUUCGGUGGCUACCUCGGGCCUCUCGUCCGUUCCUCCCGGCGCCUUUUCAACGGCCGAGCGCCCUUCGCCUGCGCCUUCCUCGUCUUCCGCCCACUCGGCUGCAUCCGCUCACUCCGCCUCCGCGGCUUCAGCCAGCUCGAAGAAGCGCAGACGCUCUGAGCAGCCCGACGCCACGACGCCGACCACCGCCGCUGGGCUUUCCGAUCCCGCCGUCGCCAUGCAUGCCCGCGCUCUCGGCUCUCCGGUGCCAUCUCCUGCUACUGCUGCUGCUUCUGCUACUGCACCUACCAACACGGACGGCACGGCGUCCGAACAGCAACCUCCUCCCGCCAAGAAGCAGCGCCUAUCUCCCUCGGCGUCGCUAUCCCAGCCGGAAGUGUCGCCGUCGUCAGAGCUAAUGCCGCGCGUGAAGGAAGAGCAAGAGAUGAAGGAGGAGAAGGAUGCUGCAGCGGCGGCGGCGGCUCCGCUUUCUGGAUCUGCUGCUGAGGGUGAAACGCAGGCUGUGCAGGAGGGCGGUCAAGCUGCAGGUGCUGGUGCUGAUGCCGACGAUGCGGACGUGGAGUAA